AUGCCGGACCAGGCGGAGAUCGACCAUGACCAGGAAGCCGCCGACCCAGACUCGUCCGGGGAAUUCCUCCAGAGGGUCGGGAAGCUCCCGCUGUUCAGCGGCGUCGUCCGGGCGUACGAGCGGGGCAAAGGGACGAGCAAAGUAGUCAGAUAUGGGGCCGACCUGGUCGAGUCCUCGGUCACCUCGCUCUCCGGGAGAGUGGCCUCGAAGGUGGGCCCGGAGCGGAUCGCCCAGAUCGACCGCUACGCCGGCGCGGCGCUCGACCGGCUGGGCCAGUUCAGCCACCCCCAGCAGGCCCCGCCGAGCAGCCACCCCCCGGCCUGUCCGCACUGUCUGCAUCCUGCGGCCCACGCGGGCCUCCAGGCUCCCUCGGACUCGCAGCAGCCCUUCCUGCGCCCUCUCCUGCCCCCUCCCGCCCAUCGGCACGCCCACAGCUACAGCCACCAGCCCCCCAUCAACUCCUCCCUCCCAGCCGUCUCCUCCCUCCCCCACUACUACUCCUCCCACCACCAUGCCGACAACAACGACGACAGCGAUGUGGGCUCCGAGCUGCCCACUCCCGCCGCGUCCCCCGGCGGCAGACUCGUCCAGCUCACCCCCAGAACCAGCCUCAGUCGCUGGCAAAACAUGCUCGUCGAGGCUGGCGUCACCGCCGGCGGGAUCGGCGCGGCCGUCAGCGAGGAAAGCAUGAAGAGUCUCCAGUAUUGCCUGCAAUGGCUCCACUAUGCCACGGUCCAUUUGGACCACCAGAUCACUGUCCUCCGGGACUUCAUCCACUCCUUAAACGUCGGCGCCAGUCCAGAGAGCUACGGGCGCUCGGACGCGCGGCGGGAGUCGGAGUCGGAGCUGGAGACGGAGGCCGAGGGGCUAGAGAAGCGGAUGGUGACGGCGGCGGCUGCGGGCCGGCUGGCGGGGAUCAAGACGGAGGUCGUGGAGACGAUCCGGAAGGUGGUGGCGGUGGUGUCGAGGUAUGCCGGCAUAGGCCUGCCCGAGCCGGCCAAGCAGUUCGUCCGCACCACCAUCCUCGGCCUCCCGCUGCGCUGGGCCGACGCCAUCCAGCCCUCCCUCUCCGCCCCCUCCGCACAUCCUCCCCUCGGAAGAAACUCGAAGAACGCCACCCUGCUCGCCGCCGGUCGCGUGCUCACGUUCGCGGUCGAGAGCCUCGACAUGCUCAAGGCGCUCACCGCCAUCUUCUCCGAGAGCGUCGAGCGCGCCGACGCCUGGGUCGAGCGGCUCCGGGUGAUCGGGAUCCAGCACCGGAACCAACAGGCGAAGCACGAUCGGGCGUCGUCGGCGUCGACGAUGAACGAGAGUCUGAGCGACAGUCUGCUCAGCGCCUCCUCCGUCCCCGGCUCCCUCAACACCCCCUCCACGCUCGGCUCGGCCACCACCCUGCCCUCCUCCGACCGCGCCUCCGCCAAACGCCGCAAGGCCAACACCCCCCCGUCCGCCGCUACCCCCCUCCCCCCCUCCCUCCAGCCUCUCAUCGACGACUCGUUCAGAACCUCCCCCGCGCCGACGAGCUCGCUCCAUAAACUCCUCCUCGACCAGAACCAGGUCUCCGCCUUUGACCUCGUCCAUCGCUGGGCUCAUGUCCCGUCUACCGCCUCCGACAUCCGCCCGGCCUCGGCCACUGCCGGCCUCCCCCCCCUCGCCACCCCCGUCCAUCAAGCAGCCCCCCCACCCGCCCACCAUCACCACCAAGAUCCCACGUCUUCAUCCUCUUCCACUGGGCUCGCCUCUUGA